UUAAGUUUAGCUCCAGUGCUGAUCAGUUUCUAUUCGCGAAUUUAACAAAAAUUUUUAUUUUCAACAAAAAAGCAUAUCCAGAAAAAAUUAUACUUUUUUUUGUUUAAAGGAUAAUAAAUCAAAUAAAACAUUCAAAAUGAAAUUCAGUGCUACUCUUGCUUUGGCUGUUAUUGUGGGCCUCGUUGCCAGCAGCAGUGCUUUCCCAGCUCAAAAAAGAAUGAUUUACUACCAACGCCCUGCUCAAUACUAUGCUGCUCCCCAACGUAUGAUGUAUGUUCAAUAUAUGCAUCCAUCACCUCAUUUUGCUCGUUCAACCCAAGGAGCUGAAGCUUUGGUAGCUGGUGAAACUGUUGCCACUGGUACCUAUUUGGAAGAUUGUGAUCAUGCUGAAGGUGAUGUUACUGCCGCCGGUCCCGGUGUUGCCUUUGAAGCUUCCGCUCCCGUUGAUAUUGUUGCCGAACAUGGUGAAGAUGUUUUAAGCGAAGCUCAUGGUGUUCAUGCUACCCAAGCCGAAGCUGAAGCUUACCCUGUUGCUGACGAAAAUGUUUCCGCUUUCGAAGUGCCCGCUGAUGUUGAUAUUGUUGCCGAAGAAAAUGAAGUUUCCGAUGAUGCUGCUAAAGUUCCCCGUGACUUCAACUUGGAUGGUGCUGAUGACAGCAAUGCUGCCGGUGCUGGUUUUGCCCACGAAGAAGUUGCCCAUGAAGUACCCGCCGUCGAAGCUGAAGCUACCUUCGAAGUUCCUGAAGCCCCAGUUGAAGCUCCUCUUGAUGCCCCAGUUGAAGCUCCCGUUGAAGCUGCUGUAGCUCAUGAUUUGCCCGUUCCCGCUCCCAUUGCCCCCGUUGCCAAGCCCGUCAACCGUUACUUGCCCGCCAAGAAGAAGGUCUACGUUGAAUUGGACCAAUCUGUUGAAUCCGCCGAAGAUACCGGUUUAGUUGCUGCCUCCGAAGAAGCCGACGAAGAAGAAGAGGAAGAACAUGUUGCCCCCGUUGCUCCUGUCACCCGUCGUCCCGCUCGUCGUCCCUCUGCCGGCAAGAAACCCUCCAAGGCCGCUCCCGCCAAGAAGGAACAAAAACCCCUUCCCGUUGGCACCUUCUUCCCCAUUAACUUCGGUGGCACCAAGGGUGGCGCUAUUGCCAUUGCCAACUCUUUCAGCACUGGCGAAGGUGGUUCCGCUACCAGCCACGCCAUCGCUUACGGUUCCCCCGAUGCUGCUGCCCUCCGUGGUUGCGUAACAUGCAAGAAACAUUAAGUUUGACUGUUGCUAAGGCAUUAUUUCUCCAUUUUUUUAAUGUAAUAUAAGCCAUUGUUCUGUGCCCUAUUAUUACUGGUCUUAACGACUAAACUAUAGUUCUUUUUAUAUUUUCUUAUUUGAAUUUUAUUUUU